AUGACCAUCACAACAUUCCAAAUACGCUCUACCUCUUCAAAUCUGCUUUCUUCGUUUUGUUUUUCUUCAGUUUCAACUCAAAGAACGACAAGGCAGGCAGGUCAGGGAACAUGGAGGGAAAGGGGAAGGCCAUUGGCAUAGAUCUGGGAACAAGCUACUGUUGUGUUGCUGUAUGGCAGUCGCAGCAUAACAUGGCUGAGAUUAUUGUUAAUGAGCAGGGGAACAGAACCACUCCUUCCAUGGUUGCUUUUACUGCCUCCCAGAUACUUAUUGGCGAUGCUGCCAGGAACCAGAUUGCAACCAAUCCUGUCAACACUAUCUUUGAUGCCAAGCGACUCAUUGGAAGGCGAUUCUCUGAUCCUUGUGUGCAGGACGACAUGAAAUUCUGGCCUUUUACUGUCGUCCAAGGGAAGGACGAUAAGCCUCUCGUCCAAGUCACUUAUAAAGGAGAAACCGAGUUAUAUGCGCCUGAAAAGAUCUCAUCCAUGCUGCUCGAAAAAAUGAAGACCAUUUCUGAAAAAUAUCUCCAGUGCGAGGUGAAGAAUGCGGUUAUUACCGUGCCUGCUUAUUUUAAUGAUGCACAGAAGAGAGCUACAAAGAAUGCUGGUAUGCUUGCAGGUCUGAAUGUCAUGCGAAUAAUUAAUGAACCAACGGCAGCAGCUAUAACUUAUGGAUUCCAUGAUGCAUUCAGUGGAGAAAGAAACAUUGUCGUCUUUGACUUAGGUGGAGGUACAUUCGAUGUGUCAGUUCUGUCUGUUCAAAAGGGUAAGAUUGCCGUCAAAGCCGUCAGAGGGGAUAUGCAUUUGGGAGGUCAGGAUUUUGAUAACAGAAUGCUUAAUUAUUGUGUUCAAAAGUUCAACAGAAAAUACAACUUGGAUAUGAGGAGCAGUGCAAGAGCUCUUCGAAGGCUUCGUUCAGAAUGCGAGAGAGCAAAGAGGAGUCUGUCCUCUGAGGUAGCCACUGUCAUCGAAAUAGACUACCUCUAUAAGGGAAAAGACUUUUCUCAAGAGAUUACCAGAGUCAAGUUCGAGGAGCUCAACGCCGACUUAUUUGAGAAGUGCAUAGAAAUAAUGAGAGAAUGCCUAACGGAUGCCCACUUGAGCAACACUGAAAUCGACGACAUUGUAUUAGUGGGAGGUUCGUCGCGUAUAACAAAGCUGCAAGAAUUACUGAGACAAAAUUUUGGGCAGAAAGAGCUGUGCAACAAAGUAAACCCCGAUGAGGGCAUUGCUUAUGGUGCGGCCGUGCACGCAGCAGCACUGAACAAUGAAGACGUGUCUCUUGAGGUCACUGAUGUCACACCUUUGAGCCUUGGAAAAAGAAUUAAUGGUGGUGUCAUGAGCGUAAUUGUUCCUCGAAACACCCCGAUUCCCACUAGUAGGGUGAGAAAUUAUACUACAGUACGUGAUAAUCAGACUAGUAUAAAUAUUUGUGUGUACGAAGGAGAGAGACCGUUGGUCGCACACAACAAUUUGUUGGGUGAAUUUCUAUUGAAUGGAAUUCCGCCAGCCAGAUGUCGAGUGCCCAGUAUCAAGGUUUGCUUCAAAAUAAGCGAGGAUGGAAUUCUUACAGCUUCUGCAGAGGACAAGGGUAGCGGAGUAAGUAAAGAGAUCACAAUAACCAACGCCGGUGGGAGUUUGAGCAAAGAGGAGAUGGAUAAAAUGAUAGCUGAUGCAGAGAAAUUUAGAGAGGAUGACGAAAAAGUUAAAAAGAAGAAUCGAGCCCGAAGGAAUCUGGAGUGCUAUAUUUACAACAUGAAAAGUAGGGUAAUGGAGGCGAAGACUAAACAUAAUAUCAGUGCAUCAGAUGCAGAAAACAUCAUAUCGACAUUGAAUAGUGCUCAAGAAUGGUUGGACGACAAUGAGGACGCAGAAGCUUCGGAUUUUGAAAACGAGUUGGAAGAGCUCCAGUUUGAUCGACUGCCUCCUGUUACAAGGAAACUGUGAGGCACGAGAUUCCAAUAGUUAUCAGUUGCAUAUUUUCAAGUUGCCAGCAAUUCAACGAUUAGUUUCUAUCUUUUUUAUGGGGGCGAUUAAGGAUACAUGCCAUCUACUUCAUAAGGAAGCAUUUGCAACACAAGCUAGAGAUGAUAAAUACAUUGAAGUUUAAUGCACUCUGAUUUAAUGGAAUCCACAUGCUAUCUAAUUUAAAUUUUUUUAUUAUUGAUGUAUGACCUAAGUACUCUAAUUGGUUGUAAGCUAUAUAAUUGGAAUUUAUUUUAUAGGAAUUUCUUUUUACUUUAAUGAAUCAA